GUAUGGGCCACCCUCCUCUGGAGUCCCCUAUGGCUGUGCACCCGAGGACCAAGCGAUGUUCCUGCAAUAGCUGGCUGGAUAAAGAAUGCAUCUACUUCUGUCACCUGGAUAUCAUCUGGGUCAACACACCUGGGCACACCGCUCCCUAUGGCUUGGGGAGCCCCCCGAAGCGGCGCAAGAGAUCGCUCGGCAGGUGUGAGUGCUCGCACUCUAGGGACAGCAUCUGUGCUGCCUUCUGCCAGGCGAAGCCUGGGUACCUUCAGAGUCUGAAGCUCUCAGUGAGCUCUGGAGCAUCAGUGAAGUCUCUGCAGAGCAGUGGUGUGAGGCCUUCCCACCAUGGCCUGCUGAGAGCUCUCAGGGAUCUUGCCAUCUCCAGGCUGCAGUCCAGCAAGCAGCAGCAGCAUUCCCAGAGGAGCGCACAGCCAACAGUUUUGCCUUGGAAGAAAAGCAUCUGGAAGAAGAAGAGAUAA